GUUCGUUCUUCCACCAGCGUUCGCGUCCGCCUUCGGGCGCUCAUUAGCCUGACCUUAGUGAAAGGGCUGAUGAGUGGUGGUGCAAGCUCUUGAGGUUGUCGGAGAUCAUUCCUUGCGCUGAUUGAAAUCAGGUUGAAAUCAGGUUGAUAGGGAUCAGAUUGAGGUACUUUGAUUUCAUCACGGGGUGCUCUUCAUGGUGGACAUCCUUGGUUCUUUUGGAGCAGACGCUAGAUGGUGAUUGGACUGGGGCUAGGGAGUGGCGAGAAGGCCUUGAUGUUGCUGCGGUACAAUUUUUAAAAGCCAGCCACAAAUUCUAGCAUCAAUGGGUUUAAUGAACCGCUCUCAGUGAGCCAAAGUAGCCAUGACAGGAUAGUCGCAAUGCUGUGGAGAGGAGGUCUUGAGAGGCUGAUCCUCAGAAGUGCCGAGGCCAAGGGGUCUGACAUUAUCCGAACUGCACACCGCUUCUUCUCAAAUGGGCUGGUGCCAAAGGAAGGCUUCCUGGAAAAGGUGACAGAUCUCAGGCUCCCGCAUGAGUGGUUCCCUGUCGCAAGGAGCAUCAAGCGCCGUGUCACCUUGCACGUGGGACCGACCAACAGUGGCAAAACAUAUGCUGCCCUGCAGCGGCUGAGGGAGGCGGCCACAGGUGUAUACUGUGGACCUCUGCGGUUGCUUGCAUGGGAGACAGCGGACCGCCUCAAUGCUUCCGGGGUGCCUUGCAACACGAUCACUGGGCAGGAGAAACGCCAUGUGGAGAAGGCGCACCACACGGCGAUGACUAUUGAGAUGGCAGACACCGCACAGAAAUACGAUGCUGCAGUUGUCGAUGAGAUCCAGAUGAUGGCGUCUCCCGACCGCGGCUUUGCUUUCACCCGGGCUCUCCUGGGCCUGGCCACCCCCGAGUUGCACGUCUGUGGGGACCCGGCGGCUGUGCCCCUGGUGGAGCAAUUCUGCCGAGAGACGGGGGACGAGCUUCAGGUGAAGCACUACGAGCGCUUGUCCCCCCUCAAGUCCAGCCGACAGGCCUUGGGAUCCCUGAUGGAGGUCCGGGCAGGAGACUGCAUCAUUGCUUUCUCUCGGACGCAGAUCUACAACAUAAAGAAGGAGAUUGAGACCAAGACCCGCCACCGCUGCUGCGUUGUCUACGGGUCCCUGCCGCAGGAGACGCGCUCCAGGCAGGCGGCUCUUUUCAACGACGAGGACUCUGGCUACGACGUGCUAGUGGCGAGCGACGCCGUCGGGAUGGGCCUCAAUCUCAACAUCCGCCGAAUCAUUUUCUCGAGCAUCUACAAGUUCGACGGCUUUGAGAGGCGCAUGCUGACGUCAUCCGAGGCGAAGCAGAUUGCGGGGCGCGCUGGCAGGUUCGCGUCGCAGUACCCGGAAGGAGAGGUCACCUGCCUAGAGCCCCGCGACCUGGGGGCCCUCAAGUACCUGCUGAAGCAGCCCCCCGAAACGAUCACGGAGGCGGGCCUCUUCCCCACCUUCGACCAGCUGCAACUCUUCGCCACUCGCCGGCCCAACUGGAGCCUCAACCGCAUCCUGGAGAACUUCGCGGUGUCCGCCCGGCUGUCCCCCGCCUUCUUUCUGCAAGACUGCAGCGACAUGGUGGAGACGUCGCGCCACCUCGGCGACCUGCCGCUGCCGCUCGCGGACAUGUACAUCUUCGCAAUCAGUCCCGUCAAGUCCGACGACCCCGCAUCUAUGGGCGCACUAUAUAAGUUUGCGCAGGAGCACCUGGCGGCCGGCAAGGUCCGGAUGAAGCGCGUGCUCAACGCGGGCACCAUGAAGGUGCCCAAGACGCAAAACGCGCUCUCAGAGCUGGAGAGCCUGCACAAUAUUCUCUCCCUCUACAUCUGGUUGAGUUACCGCCUCCCCGAGAGUUUUGACGAGCGAGAGACCGCCGAGGAGCAGAAAGGCUUGUGCGAGAUGCUGAUCGAGCAGGGUCUGAAGGUUGUCGGAACUCCUGUUAUGCGAAAAGCCAAAACGAGGCGGAUGAUACCGGUAGCUUCAGAGCAGCAAUUGCCUUGAUACCGGUAGCUUCAAAGCGGCACUUCAAAUUAGCGAGAGGCUAAGCAAGUGCGAAAAGCGGGGGCGGAGGAGCUCUUGACGCGACCAGACGUUGACAAGUUCAGAGGACAAAGUCGGAAGGAAGGCAAGUGAUCAUUCUCGAUAAGUCAGCUUGGUGCCCAAGCCAUGCAUAACGGUGCAUAACGAGCGGUGACACGCGUGUUGGCUCCAACCAGAGUCACUCCGCUCUAAGCUUUUACAGAAUUUAUCAACCAAGUCAUUCAUGGAUCAACAGAUG